GUCGACUGCAUGGAUAUCCCCUUUGCCUUCAGCAGCUGCUACACAACGGCAAUGCUCUGGAGGACGCUGCCAAACUGGAUGAGGCUAUGACCGUGCAGUUGGUGCUGUUAGCCGUUUGCGAUACUGCGCAGGCCCGUGCAAAUAUGGAUGAGGUUGCAGACGAGCUGGUUGAGUAUGCCGCUGGGCUCGGGAAUGUAGAGACUCUAUGCUUGCUGUUGGAGGCCGGUGUUGACACGGACAUCGUUGGCGGCCGGGGAUGCACCGCUCUGAUUUUAGCAUCUUCCCAAGGCCACACCGAGAUAGCGCGGUUGCUAUUGGCGGCCGGGGCAGACGAGAGAAAGGUGGAUAGGUACGGUUGGACAGCCUUGGUUCACGCCUCUGAGGAAGGGCAUCUUGAGACCGUCCGAGAGUUACUCGAGGCCAGCAGCGGGAGCGACGACUGUGGAGCUGCCCUGAUUCGUGCAUGUGAGAAGGGUCAUAUAGCGAUUGCACGCAUGCUCGUGGCUUCUGGUAGAGGCACGGCUUCCUUUCGCCAAGGUGGUGCCUGUGCCUUGGUUUCUGCAGCCGACAAUGGCCACCUGGAGAUCGCGAAGCUGCUUUUGGAAAGCGGAUUUGACAUUGACGCUACCGACGAGGAUGACCACACAGCAUUGAGUUGCGCAUCACACAGAGGCCACACUGAAGUUGCCCACAUGCUGCUGCAAGCCUGCGCAGACCCCGAUAUUUUGAACCACUUCGGGCGUACGGCUCUUAUAUGCGCUUCUGAUCGGGGGAAUGUUGAAAGUGCCGGGCUGCUGUUACAAGCAAGGGCCAACGUGAACGUUGCGGACAAGGAUGGGGACACUGCUCUCAUUCGUGCGUCUGAGCAAGGCCAUGUUCAGACCGUCCGUUUGCUUUUGCGAGCUGGCAUUGACACAAAUAUUUCCAAUAGCCUCCGUCACACGUCUAUUCACUACGCAUCUGAAAAUGGCGAUGACGAGACUGUCCGUUUGCUGUUGGAGGCGAGGGCCGAUCCCGGCACCGCCCUUGUAGUUGCAUGUCAUGGGGGACACAUUGAUAUUACUCGUAUGCUGCUUCAUGCAGGGGCUCACACGGAGCUUGUGCACCGUCACUACACAGCUCUUUCCAUGGCAUCUUCCAAAGGUCACGUGCAGAUUGUACGCUUGCUGCUGGAUGCUGCUGCCGACACGAAUACUCUUGACUCAUCUGGCGAAACGGCCCUCAUGGAGGCUUCCUGCAAGGGCCACGGGGACGUUGUGAAGCUGCUCUUGGGGGCGAAAGCUGACAAGGACAUCGUAUCCAGCUCCGGCGAUACUGCUUUGUCUUACGCAUCCGCCAAGAACCCUGAGAUUGUGCGCCUCUUGUCACCUGAUGCCAGCGAAAACUUCUCAUAG